AUUUUACUUUAGAUAAUAUAUUUCAGAAAUUUCUCGAGGAAAGGUCGCUAAAACGAUUCCGUCUGUCGAUUUAGAAAUCUACAAGAGCAGCCAUGUUGAAGUUGGUUUGUCUUGUUCUUGCUGUUCUGGUUGUCACAAAGGCAAUCAAACUAAAGAAAAAUAAAGAUCUGACCAAGAAGCCAGAGUUUGUGAGGCGCCAAGCCUCGACAUGUGGCGAUGGCAGGUUCGAGUGCACGUCCGGUGAAUGCAUCAUGUUGGACUGGACGUGCGACAAUCAGUUCGACUGCUUCGAUGGAUCUGACGAGCGGGAUUGCCCAUGCGAAUGUUCUGGCGAGCAUCAGUUCAAGUGUCGCAAUGGUCCUUGUAUUCCCGUCUCCUUCCUUUGCGACUACGAUGACAAUUGUGGCGACGGCAGCGAUGAAACUAACUGCGACCACGCCUCAUGUGGACCAGACCAGAUCCAGUGUGACAACAUGAAGUGUAUAUACGAGACCUGGUUGUGUGAUGGCGACGACGACUGCCGUAACGGGUUGGACGAAAGUGAUGAGCAGUGCGGUGGGACGUGCAACUCGCAGCAGUUCCAAUGUGCUGACGGCUCGCGCUGCAUCCCCAUCCACAUGAAGUGUAACGGCGACCGCAACUGUGCCGACGGCAGCGACGAGGCUGACUGUGUGUGCAAUGAUGACCAGUUUAAAUGUGCUGGCGGUCGCUGUAUCCCGGGUUCGUGGCACUGCGACGGCGACAACGACUGCGGCGAUUAUUCGGAUGAAAUCGGUUGUCCCACCCUCCACCCGAGUGUUUGUAGUGACAUCAUGUCCAUCCGCGACUGCGUGCUCAUGAACGAGACGGCGAAGCCCAUCUGUGAACACGGCGAGCUCGGCUUCAAGUACUGCCGCAAGUUCUGCGACCUCUGCCAGAGCCAGGAAUGAAGGGGGACAACCAGGGGAAGAGUUGUCUUUCUUAGUCGUCGUUGAUGAUUUUGAGAAGGAUAAGUGUUUUCACCUAAAAGCGAGUUUGCGCUGUGUGAUGAUGGAGACCUGGGGUGUAUGGAGGGGGAGGCGAUGAGAGAGGUUAGCAGGUAGAUGUUAAUGUAGACCAGCGUGUUAUACUCGUUACACGAAGACCUAGUCUUUAUUUUUUUUAUCCUGUCUGGAUAUUGGAUCGAAAUUUUUUAGAACUUGGGAUUUGUAAAGUCGAUCUGGAAAAUAUCAUCUGCUAUGUUAAGCUGUUUGUAUCGUGUUGAUGAAUUAUUUUGUAUAUGGAGAGUGAUAAUAAACUGUUUCUCGUUUAA